ACACCAAUGAUCUUGGGAAGUUUUAGGCAUACCUAUCUCAGCUAAAAGAGCCACAAAGGAUAGUUGUAAUUUCAUCUUGGAUAAAAUUCGUGCUAAGCUCUCAGGAUGGAAAUCAAAAUUUUUUUCCAUGGCUGGUCGUACUACUCUUGUCUCCUCUAUGCUUUCAAUUAUUCCUAAUUUCUACAUGCAAACUAUGUGGCUUCCGUCAUCCGUUCAAAAGGAGAUUGGUCGUAUCUCCAGGAAUUUCAUUUGGGGUUCUGAUGGUCAGAAGAAACUACACCUUAUCAGCUGGGAGACUAUCUGCCAACCAAAAAAGCAAGGGGGUCUGGGACUAAAAAGUGCUAAGGAUGCUAAUCUGGUGGCUAUGAGCAAACUAAAUUGGAGACUUCAUACUGAGGAAGGGAAAGUUUGGAGAGAAGUCCUUGUGAAAAAGUAUAAGAUUUUUAAUCCUAAAACCUCUCUUCCCUCUUUUGGUUCUCCAAUUAUUAAAAGUUUGUCCAAAGGAGUUGAUUUGCUUCAAAAAGGUAUCAAAUGGAUUCCCAAAGAUGGUCAACAUAUUUCUUUCUGGGCUGACCAGUGGAUUGGUCAAGUACCUCUUAACUCUAUCUUUCAUGGCCCUUUUCCUCCUAACACAGCAACUAUUCCUCUUGCCAAUGCUCUUCAUGGGGGGACUAUGAACACGGAUACUGUUGGGUAUCACCUGAACUCAAAGAUUAUUAGUACCAUCAAGGCUAUACCUUUUCCUCUCGUGAAUCACCUUCAUGGCACCUUUUCUUGGAAAGGUGAGGCUAAUGGAUGGUUCUCAUCGGCUUCAGCACAUAGAAUUCUCUACUCCAAUUCAAAUGUCACUACUAAAAUCCUUAGUUUCAGCAACAUGGAAGCAUGUUGCUGAAAGUGGUUUCCAUGUUGCUGAAAGUCCUUCAGCAACAUGGGUUUGCUUGCUAAAAGCUUUGUUGGAGAAGGCUUGGUGGGUAAUACAUUACCAACCAAAAUCAUGUUGCUAAUAUAUCAGCAACAUAAGC